UAUAUUAAAAAUGCCGGUCAAUCAUCCGGUUGUACCCAAAGGUCCGUCAAAGGCAGACAUACAGUGCAAGGACAACGAAGACGGAACCAUUAGUGUGACGUAUGUACCACCAGCUGAGGGAGUAUACAAAAUAAACAUAAAGUUUGGAGAAAAGCCAGUAAUAGGCAGUCCUUAUUCGGCUAAAAUUACUGGUGAAGGACACAAACGAAACCAAUUAUCAGUCGGACAUUCAAAUGAAGUGUCUCUAAAAGUAGAAGAAAAAGACUUCAAACUGUUGAACGCAAGUAUAGUCGCGCCGUCGGGUCUCGAAGAGCCCUGUUUUGUCAAGAAGUUAGCGAACGGACAUUUGGGCAUUUCGUUCACUCCCAGAGAAAAUGGCGAACAUAUCGUUAAUGUCAAGAAACUGGUAAACCAUAUCACUGGCAGUCCAUUCAAAAUCAAUGUAUUGGAGAGAGAAAUAGGCGAUGCAUCUAAAGUUAAAAUCACCGGAUCAGCUCUUAAAGAGGGAAAAACACAAGUUGUCAAUGAGCUGCUUAUCGAUACUAAAGAGGCCGGUUAUGGUGGCCUAAGUUUGUCAAUUGAAGGUCCGUCCAAAGCAGAGAUCCAGUGUAAAGACAAUGAUGACGGCACACUUAAAGUUACGUAUCAGCCAACUGAACCUGGAUUUUAUAUAAUGAAUCUCAAGUUUGCCGACCAUCACGUGCCCGGAAGUCCAUUUACUGUCAAAGUAACGGGAGAGGGAUCUAAAAUACAGAGAGAAAACAUUAAAAAGGACACGGAUGCAAUGCCCAUCACUGAUAUUGGCUCUGAAUGCAAACUAACAUUUAAAAUCCCCGGUACCAGUCCUUUCGAUAUGACAGCUAAAGUGGGAUCACCUAAUGGUGAACAAGAAGACGCAGAUAUUAUUGAUUUGGAUGACUGUCUCUAUGCUGUUAAGUUUGUGCCCAAAGAGGUCGGCAUUCAUACAGUUAGUGUUAGAUAUAAGGAUAUUCAUAUACCCGGCUCUCCGUUUCAAUUUACGGUCGGACCACUCAAUGAUUACGGAUCACAUAGAGUUCAUGCCGGAGGACCAGGUCUUGAAAGAGGAACAUCUGACACUCCAGCUGAAUUCAAUGUAUGGACCCGAGAAGCAGGCGCUGGAAAUUUGUCAAUUUCAGUGGAGGGCCCCUCUAAAGCGGAAAUUGAUUUUAAGGACCGAAAGGAUGGGUCAUGUUAUGUAUUAUACAAAGUGUCGGAACCGGGAGAGUAUAGAAUCGGAAUCAAAUUUAAUGAUCAGCACAUACCUGACAGUCCUUAUAAGGUAUAUAUAUCUCCGGCCAUCGCUGACGCAAAAAAAGUAGAGUUGGGUGCCAUACCUCCAGAACAUUCUCUUCAAGUCAACAAACCCGUCACUUUCACUGUCAACCUAAACGGUGCAAAGGGACAGUUGGAUGGAAAAGUAAUCUCACCUUCGAGUAAUGAAGACGAAUGUUUUCUCAGUAGUAUAGAUGAUGAUCAGUGGUCACUGAGAUUUAUGCCCAAAGAGAAUGGCAUUCAUCGUAUAAAUGUGCGCUUCAAUGGCGUUCAUAUACCUGAAAGUCCAUUUUCAUUGCGCAUCGGUAAAGAUGAUGCGGCACCUGAAGCUGUCAGUGUCUAUGGAAAUGGUAUAAAAGAUGCGCGCAAUGGGGUUAAGACAGAUUUUAUUGUCGACACGAGUUCAUCUGGUGCCGGAACUCUUGGUGUAACUAUUGACGGUCCAUCUAAAGUGUCAAUGGAUUGCACUGAAGUAGAUGUAGGAUAUAAAGUUAGAUAUACACCAUUAGCACAGGGAGAGUAUUACAUCACUGUUAAGUUUAAUGGAUAUCAUGUGGUGGGAAGUCCUUUUAGAGUCAGAUGUGUUGGUAACAGAAGUAUUGCAGAUAUCUCUGAUAUCGAGUCUUCAUCAGUAGUGGUCGAGACUGUGACCAAAAUGACAAAACAAAAGAUAGAAUUACCUAAAUUCAGAUCCGAUGCAUCAAAAGUUGAUUGCAAGGGAUUGGGUCUUAAAAAGGCUGUUCUCAACCGAAUCAACAAUUUUCAAGUCAAUUGUGUCAGUGCUGGAAAUAAUCUAUUAUUUGUGGCAUUGUAUGGCCCAAAAGGACCGAGUGAUGAAAUAUCUGUAAAGCAUCAAGGUCGUAAUAUAUAUAAUGUGAGCUACCAGUGCCGCGAAAAGGGAGAUUACAUAAUGGUGGUCAAGUGGGGCGAUGACAACGUACCGGGCAGUCCAUUCAAAAUUGAAUAUGAUUUCAAUAGUGAGUAUAGUCUUACAUCAAAUUCAGAUGUGACCGCAGUUUUUGGACAUUUAAAUCGUGUCUUUUGUAAUAACAAUAUAUACGAUUGCAAUAUCAACCACUUAUCCAGUGAUGGAUCCGAUUUGAGACAAGAGAUACUCGUGUAUCGAAAGUUGCAAAUAUUAAAACACAAAGACUUUCGUCAAGAGUUUCGCUGCAAACGAGAUAUUGAAUUAUUUACACAACAGUAUUGUGUUAUUCUUGAUUGUCAUUCAUCACAAUUGGAUCAUAUAAUCGACCAAAUUUUAAUAUCUAAUACUUUUAAUGUCUAA